AGACUGCAACUUGCACAGAGGAAAGAGCUCGGGGAGAUGCUUCACGUCAUCGAUUUCGAGAAAUUGAGGAUCGAGAAUCAGGAUUUUGCAAAGUUGCUCGAGGAGAAGAAUCUUUAUGUGAUCGAUAUGAAGAAGAUCGCAGGUUAUUACCACUUGAAAUUGACGCAACACAAGCAGAAACUGAACGAUUUAUCGGUAAAAUUGAAGGAAUUAAAGGAGGAGACCAUGUUGAAACAGAAACAGAUCGAGGAGAUAAAUACUGAGUAUGAUAUUUACGCGAGCCAAGUGAAGCGGCAACAGAAAAAAUUGACGCAAUUGUUGAAUUUCACGGAGAAUCAUACUGCACCUGAUAUUUUAGACUUUAUCAAACUUCAAGAAGAAUACGUGGAAUUAGAGAAAUCUUAUAAAUUAUUGCAGAGACGUAGGAAUAUAGAAAAGAUAAUAUUCGAAGAAUAUAAGAAGCAAACAAUAUGGAAGAAGAAAAAAUAAAAAAGAGGCAAAAAGUA